AUGGAGGCUAUUGUUGGAGGAGCACUUCUUUCGGCUUCUAUGGAGAUGUUGGUGAAAAAGGUUGUUUCUGGUGAGUUUCUUGAUUUGUUUAGGAGGACUAAGCUUGACGUUGACCUGUUGGAGAAGCUGGAGAUAACACUGCUGAGCCUUCAAUCUGUACUUCAUGAUGCUGAGGACAAACAGAUCGCUAACCCUGCUGUCAAGAAGUGGCUGGAGAUGUUGCAAGAUGCUGUAUUUGAAGCUGACUAUCUCUUCGACGAACUCAACACCCAAGCUUUAAGGUGCCAAGCUGAAGGUGGUCAGGUUCUUAAUAAGUUUUUGUCUUAUUUUAAAAGGUUUAAUAAAAAGAUCAAUUCUAAACUGCAAAAAUUAUUCGGAAGAUUAGAACAUUUAAAAGACCAAAAUCUUGGAUUGAAAGAAGGUGAUUCCAACUGUGUUUGGAAUGCAACUCCUACAAGUCCUUUUUUGGGAGAUGAAUCUGCUAUUUAUGGCAGAGAUGAUGACAGAAAGAAACUUGAAGAGUUUUUGCUGUUAGAGUAUGGUUGUGAUAGUGGAAGUAAAAUAGGAGUGAUUUCCAUUGUGGGUAUGGGAGGGUUAGGAAAAACAACACUAGCUAAACUCCUUUAUAAUGAUCCUCGUGUGAAGGAGAUGUUUGAAGUCGAAGGAUGGGCACAUAUUCCAAAAGAUUUCAAUGUCGCCACCGUCACUAAAACCAUUCUUGAGUCUGUCACCCUAGAUACAUCUACAGACACUAACUUACUUAAACUCCAAGUUCAAUUGCAGCAAAGCUUAAGUAACAAAAAGUUUUUACUAGUGUUGGAUGAUAUGUGGUAUGGAAACUAUGUUGGUUGGAAUAGUCUAAUUGAUAUCUUUAAUGUUGGCCAAAAUGGGAGUAAGAUCAUCAUCACAACUCGCGAUGAAAGAGUUGUAUUACCCACGCUAAAAUAUCUCUGUGUCCACCAUUUGAGAUCUUUGGAAACCGAAGACUCAUGGUCUUUACUGGCCAGACAUGCAUUUGUAGAAACAAACUACCAACAACAUCCCAAUCUAGAAAUAAUUGGUAGAGAAAUUGCCAAAAAGUGUGGCGGCUUACCAUUAGCUGCAGUAGCAUUGGGGGGUAUUCUUCGCACCAAUUUGUCACAAGAUCAUUGGAAUGAUGUAUUAAACAAUAGUAUUUGGGAAAAUACAAAUGAUGAGGUGCAACCAGCUCUGCUACUGAGCUAUCGGUUUCUUCCAGCUUUUUUAAAAGGAUGCUUUGCUUAUUGUUCAAUUUUUCCAAAGAACUCAAUCUUAGUGAAAAAGAGGGUGGUUCAGUUGUGGAUUGCAGAGGGCUUAGUACCUCGGCCCGAAAGUGAGAAAAAUUGGGAAAAAGUAGCAGAAAAAUACUUCGAUGAACUAGUGUCAAGGUCUCUGAUACGUCAACGGUUCCUUGAUCAUGAGGAAAACAACUUUGAAAUGCACGAUCUCAUCAAUGAUUUAGCUAUGACAGUUUCAUCUCCAUAUUGCACUAAGUUAGACAAUGAUAAGCCAAGUGAAAGAGUAGAUAAAAGGGUGCGGCACUUGUCAUACAACAAAUCAGUAUAUGAACCCGAAGAUAAAUUUGAUGAAUUACAUGGAUUAAAAGGUUUACGAACCUUUCUAGCCACACCAUUAGGGUAUUCUAAGAAUCCCAUUUCAUUGAAGUUAUUUUCUGACUUGUUGUCGACAAUGACACAAUUACACGUGUUGUCGCUUUCAUACUGCACAAAUAUCGUUGAGUUGCCCAAAUCUAUUGGAAAUUUGAUAUGUCUGCGAUACUUGAAUCUCUCUUACACUCGGAUUAAAAGGUUGCCUUCAGAAACAUGCAAGCUUUACAAUUUGCAGACUUUGUUGUUGACAAAAUGCGUGGAACUUACUAAAUUGCCAAAGGACAUGGGGAAAUUGGUGAAACUACGCCACCUUGAUAUUAGAGGCACUGAAUUGAAGAAAAUGCCGGCACAGAUAUCCAAAUUAGAAAAUCUACAGACAUUGUCGGACUUUAUUGUGAGCAGCGUUAAGGAAGUAGGGUUGAAGAUUGAGGAUCUUGGAAAAUAUCCUCAUCUAUCAGGAAGCCUUUGCAUCUCGCAACUUGAAAAUGUAACUGACCCAUCCCAUGCUUCUCAAGCAAACUUGGAGAUGAAAAAGGAAAUUGAUAAGUUGAAACUAGGAUGGUCUUACAUUACUCCUUUAAACUCAGAAAUACAAAAUGUCGUAUUGGAACGUCUGCGCCCAUCGACGAAUUUGAAGAGUCUGGCCAUCUUUGGAUAUGGAGGAGACAGAUUACCAAAUUGGAUGAUUUGUCUGAAUUCUCUUCAAAAGAUGACCUUAAAAAAUAUUCCAUCUCUAACAUCCUUUCCGAGCGACUGUCUUCCCAAAACCUUACAAUAUCUCAACAUAGAGGGUUGUGAUUCAUUUACAUCAUUUACUCUGUGCUCUCUCCCUGUCCUCAAAAUUCUAAGUAUUGUUUGUUGUAAACUUCUAAAAUCCAUAUUAAUUGCAGAAGAUGCAUCGAAACAGAAUCUCUUGUUUCUUAGAACCAUCGAUAUAACUGAUUGCAAUGAUUUGGAGUCGGUUUCUCUGAUUGGAUUGCCUAUUCCUAACCUCACUGAUUUAAGUGUUAAUGGGUGUGAGAAGUUACGUUCUCUACCUGAAUCAAUAAAGACUCUAACGAGCCUUCAAAUAAUGAAAAUUGUUGACCUUCCAAAUCUGCAAUCGUUCUCCAUACAUGAUUUGCCUAUCAGUCUACGAUACUUGUCGAUUGGCGAGGUUGGAGGGAUUUGGUGGAAUACAACUUGGGAACAUCUCACUUCUCUUUCAAUGCUGGAUACUUGGGGUGAUGAUAUUGUGAAGGGGCUGAUUGAAAGGCAAGUUCCGUUUCUACCCACUAAUCUCGUUUCCUUACAUAUCUAUUGCCUUGAAGAUGUGGAAUGCUUGGAUGGGAAGUGGCUUCAACAUCUCACCUCUCUCCAUAAACUUGAGAUUUGUAUGUCACCAAAGCUCAAGUCGUUGCCAGAAAAGGGGGAUUUGCCUUCCUCUCUUAAACAACUGCAUAUCCAUUAUUGUCCAUUAUUGGAACCAAAUUUGAAGAUGAAGCAAGGGAAAGAGUGGCUUAAGAUUUCUCACAUUCCCCAAAUAUAUGUAAACCAAAUCAUCGACUGA